AAGGCAAGGUAACACAUCUUUGGCCAACAAUAUCUUCACACACGCCGUGUGAAAGUGGAGAGCGGCUUCAUGCUGUGGGUUUGCUGCUGAAGACUAAAGAAAAUAUUUAAAUGGACAGCUUGCAGACUGGGUCCCUAACCGGGGCGCAGAAAGAUGAAUUGAUGGACCAAGUAAAGCAGCAAAUUGCUGUUGCAAACGCUCAGGAGCUCCUGACGAAAAUGACAGAAAAGUGCUUUAAGAAAUGUAUCAACAAACCGGGUACCUCGCUAGACAGUUCAGAACAGAAAUGCAUUGCCAUGUGUAUGGACCGCUAUAUGGACUCGUGGAAUUUGGUGUCUAAGGUGUACGGUAGCAGAAUACAGAAAGAAAGGCAUAGACUAUAAAUAUAAACCAACAUGUUAGAUAAUUUUAGGUGAAAACAGAUCGAUGUACAAAACCAACAUAUUUAAAAGAAACAUAUUUCAUAUGUGUGUAUAAAAUAUUUUUUUGCUUAAAAAUGAUCCACAGAUAAUUUUAAUUGUCUUUGUAUACAUGUUAUUAGUGCUGUUUAUAAAAUAAAUAACUAAUUAUUGCAA